AUGGGGGGGGGGAGGGAUGGAGUGAGGGCGGUAGAAGGCGAAGACAGGGAAGGAAGAGGGUUGAUUUAUGGCGGCAUAGCGGAACAAGAUUGAGAUGUCAGGGAGAUAGGAGAAAAUAAUAUAUUUAUACAACAUGGAACACUUGUGAUAAGGAAACCCCACGAGCACACACCGACCUCAGGGGCAUCACGAAUAACGGAAAAAUGGGAAAGAAUGGGAGCAUUAGAAGGACAGCGGACUGACGCUGAGAUCCUCAAGACGAUAGCCAAUAACUGGAAGGCUCUUCAACGUAGCCAAGAGCCGGCGGGGUGUAAAGUAUGGAGCGAUAAGACCGCUGAAGGGGAAGCUAUAAAAGUAUCAAUAACCAUCUCUGGAAUGGCCUGCUCAGAUAUUUCGCUGAGAAAGAAAACAUGCUUGCUAUUGGAUAUUGCCAAGAACCGACAUUAA